UUUUUUUCAGUUUUCCCUUCAACUUUUCAAUGGCACUUAGACGUUCAUCAGCAAGAAUUAUUAAAAAAUAUGGCUACAACAAAAAUUCUAAUUGUUCUACAAACGAAAUUGAAGAUUUAAACAAAUCAAAAGACGACAGAAUUUCUCAAAACAUUUUACUUAUCAAAUCAAUGCGUCAAAAAGCAGACGCCCCCGUUGAUUUAAUGGGAUGCCAUACUUGUGCUGAUAAAAAUGCUGACCCAAAAACUUUUCGUUUUCAAACACUUGUGGCUUUAAUGUUAUCGAGCCAAACAAAAGAUCAAGUUACUAGUGCUGCUAUGGAAAGACUUAAAACUGCUGGCUGUUCAAUUUCUUCACUUCUUGAAUUACCCAAAGAACAAUUGGAAGAAUUGUUGAAACCUGUUGGAUUUUACAAGAGGAAAACAGAAUAUUUAAAGCGUGUUUGUACUAUUCUUCGUGAAAAAUAUGAUGAUGACAUUCCAAAUACUUUUGAAGGUUUAUGUCAACUUCCAGGUGUAGGCCCAAAAAUGGCAAAUUUAACAAUUCAAAUAGCUUUUGGACGUAUUGGAGAAGGAAUUGGUGUGGAUACUCAUGUACAUAGAAUUUCUAAUCGUUUAAAUUGGGUUAAAACAAAAACACCAGAACAAACGGAAUUUGAAUUGAGAGAAGUUUUGCCAAAAAAUGAAUGGAGUACAAUAAAUCAAUUACUUGUUGGUUUUGGACAGACUAUUUGCCUUCCUGUUGGUCCAAAAUGUUUGGAAUGUUUACUUUAUAAAUAUGGACAGUGUAAAUGGAAGAAUUCAAAGAAAAAAUAA